AAAUCCGCACAACAGACAGACACGGUGUAUGUUGUACACACAAGGACAUAGGGCGCUCGGCCAGUGUCAUGGGCGUAAAUUUUCAAUCGUAAAGAAAAUAAGUUUAAAUUUCCAGCAAAACUAUUGAAUGCAUGAAAAGUAUAAAAUAACAAACCCUACUCUCGCGUGAUAUCUUGGAAUUGUGCUAAAGUGCUCUAGUGAAACUGGCGAGAAAAACCAGGAAGUGGAAGUGAUUCAUAAAGGAUUGGUUUUAUUGAUUCUGCUGCUUUUGCUGCACAGCAGAGGUGAAUGAAAAUAGUACAGUUCAUUCACUUUUCUCGCAGAGAAAGUCAUCCAAAUUGAAGUUAGGUUCCAAGAAUCUAAUUCUGAAAAAAAAACCAAUAAUACCCGAAAAACAUGGAUUUGAGGAAUAAAGUUGCACUGGUCACGGGAGCGGCAACAGGCCUAGGCCGAGCGUUUUGCGAGGAACUUUUGAAACAUGGCGCUAAGGUUUCCAUUUGUGAUCUUGAUUCGGAUGCCGGUGAGCUGACCGCCAAGGAAUUGGAGCAUGAGUUCGGGGCGAACCGGGCCCUCUUUUGCCACUGUGACGUGACGGAUUAUAUUCAGUUUGAAGAGGCAUUUCAGUACACCAAAUCGGUUUUUCAUGACAUCGACAUAGUGAUCAACAACGCGGAAAUCAUGAACGACAAAUUUUGGGAACUGGAGGUGGACGUCAACCUGAAUGGGGCCAUCCGGGGAACACUGCUCGCCCAGCAGUUCCUCAGCAAAGAUAAAGGCGGAAAAGGUGGCGUGCUGGUCAACAUUGGGUCGGCCGUGAGUGUGAAACCUCAGCUCUCGACACCCAUCUAUACCGCCACAAAGCACGCCAUUCUCGGCUUGACCAAGUCCUGUGGUGAUCCUUACCAUUAUAAUAUCACCAACAUUCGAACCCUGGCGUACUGUCCCGGGCCCAUUGAGAAUUCCUUCUCUCACAAUAAACGAUUCAGUUCACCUGCCCAUGAGAAGGCGUGGAAGCUUGAUAUGUCCGGUGUUCAAUUUCAGAAGUUAGAGCACGUGGCCCGAGAGCUGAUUCCACUGAUAAAAAAUGCUCCGACCGGAUCGAUUUGGUUGGUCAACAAUGGGAAAUCACCCAAGGAGAUACCUUACAGCAGUAUUUAAAUAAGCUUAGGUUCCUAAGCUCAGUUUUAUAACCCCAAAAAUCAGCAAAGUAUUCUACUAAGAAUUAAUCCAGUACAUAAUUUCACAACCCAUUAAGCAAAAUCUUUAUUAGCUAUGGAAUCAUCAUCUCUCGUAACAGUAACUCGUAAAUCAUAAUGAUUAGUGAACAUCAUUUACCAUACUAAAGUAACUAACAAAGAACAUAAAUGUCUCCUAAACUGCGUAUACAGACAACUCGCUUCGUAUUACCACCACAUUGAAACAUUGAUACACACAGAACCAACGUUAUCGUAGGAACGGCACCGACCGGAAAAUCAAUUUUGUAUGACACGAUUGGUUUGUAAAAUCAAACUUGAAUAUAUACAGCAAAUAUCCACACUGGAAGCAUACAAAGAAUAAACUUAUAUUUAUACCAAAUAAAGGAAAAAAAACAAGAACAAACACCUAUUCUUAAGUAAUAGAAUACUUGGAUGGACUCAUUAUUAUCGCUUCUGGUAAGAACCACAUUGCUGCAAUAAACUGUGAAAGGACUAAUAAAAAUAAUUACACAAAAGU